UCAACUAGAAUAUUAAUUCUUUCGGCCGGGAAUUUGGAAUGGCUUCUUUGCCGAGUGUCCAGUUUCUUUCACAACUUCAGAGUGUUAACCCAAUAUUUAACGGUUUUUCAAAAGAUACAAAAAGUUCAAGUAGUUCAAUUGGUUCUUCUCUACAUUCUUUCGGUAUCGGUGGCCAAUACCAAAGAGCGUCCCAUAGCUUCUCGGCUUCAUCGCCUUCCGAGAGUAAAGUACCCUCGUUUGUACUCCCUCAUCUUGUGGCACCUUCCAUUUCAGAAGAUGGUAUCACACUGUAUUUGAAAUAUGCUUUAGGAGGAGCAAUUUGUUGUUCCGUCACACAUUCUUCUACCGUUCCUAUUGACGUGGUGAAGACCCGUUUGCAGACAGAUCCUGGUCGUUAUAAAGGCAUGGUUGACGGAUUCCGCACGAUAGUAAAGGAGGAAGGUGCUUCAAUGCUCUUACAGGGUUUGGGACCUACAGCAGUUGGAUACUUUCUACAAGGAACCUUCAAAUUCGGAUUUUAUGAGUUUUUCAAAAAAUACUCUAGUGAACUGGCUGGACCUGAAAACGCCGUUACGUUUCGGUUUCCUAUAUGGUUGACUGCUGGGGCUUGUGCAGAAUUCAUUGCGGACCUUUUCUUGUGUCCUUUGGAGGCAACAAGAAUUCGUCUAGUCGCCGAACCUUCGUUUGCCAAAGGCUUGACUGAUGGUUUCAUGAAACUUGCUAAAGAGGAAGGGUUUGUGGGUCUGUACAAGGGUUUGGGACCGAUUCUCUUUAAGCAAGUGCCUUAUACAAUGGCCAAGUUUUCAGUUUUUGAAACAGCACAGGAAGUAAUCUACAGAACGUUGAGGAAUAUUGGUUAUCCUCGCGAAAGUAUGUCAGAAGGUAUGCAACUAGUCGUCAGUCUCAACUCAGGUGUCCUUGCCGGACUUGCUGCUGCAAUUGUAUCCCAGCCUGCAGACACUGUCCUUUCGAAAAUCAAUCAAGUGAAGACAGAAGGUUCUACAGCAAAGGCAAUUGUUACGAUUAUGAAACAGCUUGGUUUUCGAAAACUGUUCUUGGGAAUCGGACCCCGGUGUUUGAUGGUUGGGUGGCUAACUGCAGGUCAAUUUUUCAUUUACGACUAUGUGAAGCAGCUUCUUGGUAUCUUCCCUACGCAACAAAGCGCUCCCAAGCCGAUUGCUGCCAAGGUUUGAAACCAUGUAACUAAUGUAAGUUCUCGUAAGAACCGGAAUCCUUGCUUUGUCAUCGAAGGACAGGUUUGAACAAGCCCGUUCUAAUAUUACUUGUAACCCCAGUGUUUGUUUCAUGCUUGUCUUGGAAUUUCUUUCAGUCUUUCUUUUCAAAUAAAGAUGAAUUUGAGAUGUUUUGUUUGUUGGUA